AUGUUGAGAACUCAAGCUGCCAGACAACUACUAAAUAACUCUAGAGUUACCGCUAAGAGAUCCUUCGCUCUAGCCUCUCGUGCUGCUGUCGUCGCCGGUACUAAAGCUACCGUCAGACCAACUUUGUCUGCUAAGACCAUGCAAGUCGCUACCCCAAUCAUUUCUUCUCGUGGUAUUAAACAUAUUAACUUCGGUGGUACCACUGAAACUGUCUACGAAAGAGCCGACUGGCCAAGAGAAAAGUUGUUGGAAUACUUCAAGAACGACACUUUUUCUUUGAUCGGUUACGGGUCUCAAGGUUACGGCCAAGGUCUAAACUUGAGAGACAACGGUCUAAACGUCGUCAUUGGUGUUAGAAAGAACGGUGCCUCCUGGAAGGCUGCCAUUGAAGAUGGGUGGGUUCCAGGUGAAAACUUGUUCACUGUCGAAGAAGCCGUCAAGAAGGGUACUUACGUCAUGAACUUGUUGUCCGACGCUGCCCAAUCCGAAACUUGGAGUUCUUUGAAGCCUUUACUAACAAAGGGUAAGACUCUAUACUUCUCUCAUGGUUUCUCUCCUGUCUUCAAGGACUUGACUCACGUCGAACCUCCAAAGGAUCUAGAUGUUAUCCUUGUCGCUCCAAAGGGUUCCGGUAGAACCGUCAGAUCCUUAUUCAAGGAAGGUCGUGGUAUUAACUCCUCUUACGCUGUCUGGAACGAUGUUUCCGGUAAGGCUCAUGAAAAGGCUCAAGCUCUAGCCGUUGCCAUUGGUUCCGGUUACGUUUACCAAACUACCUUUGAAAAAGAAGUUAACUCCGAUCUAUACGGUGAAAGAGGUUGUCUAAUGGGUGGUAUCCACGGUAUGUUCUUGGCUCAAUACGAUGUCCUAAGAGAAAACGGUCACUCCCCAUCCGAAGCCUUCAACGAAACCGUCGAAGAAGCUACCCAAUCCCUAUACCCAUUGGUUGGUAAGUACGGUAUGGACUACAUGUACGAUGCUUGUUCCACCACUGCCAGAAGAGGUGCUUUGGAUUGGUACCCAAUCUUCAAGGAUGCUUUGAAGCCUGUCUUCCAAGAUCUAUACGCUUCUGUUAAGAACGGUUCCGAAACUAAGAGAUCUCUAGAAUUCAACUCUCAACCAGACUACAGAGAAAAGCUUGAAGGUGAACUACAAACCAUCAGAUCCAUGGAGAUCUGGAAGGUCGGUAAGGAAGUUAGAAAGCUAAGACCAGAAAACAAAUAA